CACUAGUUUUUUGUUGUUGUUGUUGUUGCGCCGUUUGUCAUUGAGGCGCAUGCUCAGUGGUCCUCUAGCGCCUUUGUGUGGCUCAGGACCAGUUCAGGUCUUGCGGUGCUAAAAAAAACAAAAAACUACUUAGCUACCGCGGUUUCGCUCCUCUUCAGCGACACACGGCCCGGUAGCCGAGCUCAUCAUGGUGAAUGUAAAGAAACGGAAAGGUCGAGUCGUUAUCGACUCUGACUCCGAAGACAGCGCCAGUGAUGAUAAUUUAGAUCAGGAGCUCCUGUCUCUGGCCACCAAGAGGAAGAGAGUGGACUCAGAUGACCAGCAGGACGACCAGCAGGAUGACCAGCAGGACAACCAGCCAGUCAGCAAGCCUGCAGCCUCAUCAGACUCAGAGACAUCAGACAGUGAUGAUGAGUGGACCGCCGGUGGUCCUAAAGUCAAGAAGAAGGUCAAGCCAGGGAAACCGACGGCAACAGAUAAGAAGAAAGAGGCAGCGAAGAAGAGGGUUCAUAAAGCUGCAUCGUCCGGGAGUUCUGGUGGAGACAGUUCUGCUGACAGCUCUGCCCCUGAGGAGGGUGAGGUGUCUGACUCGGAGAGCAACAGCUCUGCCUCCAGCUCAGACUCCUCGUCGGAGGACGAUGUGUUCAGGGACGGCUAUGGAGAGGACCUGAUGGGAGACGAGGAGGACAGGGCUCGGCUGGAGCAGAUGACUGAGAAGGAGAGGGAGCAGGAGCUCUUCAACAGGAUAGAGAAGAGGGAGGUGCUCAAGAGGAGAUUUGAAAUUAAAAAGAAGCUGAAAACAGCGAAGAAGAAGGAGAAAGAGGAGAAGAAAAAGAAACACGAGGAAGAACAGAAGAAGCGGGAGAGAUCAUCCAGCAGUCAUCAUGAAGACAGAACUCAUCAGGACCAGCAAGUGGUUAUGUCUCACAACAAGGAGAGGAGAACUAAACGGGAUGAGAAGCUGGAUAAAAAGUCUCAGGCCAUGGAGGAACUGAAAGCAGAGAGAGAGAAGAAGAAAACCAGGACAGCGGAGCUCCUGGCGAAACGGCAGCCCCUGAAAACCAGCGAGGUUUACUCGGACGAUGAGGAGGAGGAAGAGGAGGAGGAUGACGACAAAUCAUCCGUAAAGAGCGAUCGCAGUUCACACUCUUCAUCUUAUUCCGAAGACGAAGAGAAAGAGGAUACGCCACCAAAGUCGCAACCCGUGUCACUACCAGACGAACUGAACCGUGUCCGUCUGUCCCGACACAAACUGGAGCGCUGGUGCCACAUGCCGUUCUUCCAGAAGACUGUCAGCGGCUGCUUCGUACGGAUAGGCAUCGGGAACAGUAGUAGCAAACCGGUUUACAGGGUGGCUGAAAUAGUUGACGUGGUAGAGACGGCUAAAGUGUACCAGUUGGGAACGACCCGGACGAACAAAGGACUACAAUUAAGGCAUGGUGGUGACACCCGAGUCUUCAGACUGGAGUUUGUGUCCAAUCAAGAGUUCACAGAAAAUGAGUUCAUGAAGUGGAAAGAGGCGAUGAUCAUAGCCAGUAUGCAGGUUCCCACUCUAGAUGAGAUCAAUAAGAAGGAACAGGCCAUCAAAGAGGCUUGUAACUACAAAUUCAACGACAAAGACAUAGAGGACAUCGUAAAAGAGAAAGACAGAUUCAGAAAGGCACCUUCCAACUACGCCAUGAAGAAAACAUCACUACUCAAAGAUAAGGCCAUGGCUGAGGAGAGUGGAGAAGGAGACCGAGCCAAAGAGAUCCAGGACCAGCUGAAUGAGUUGGAGGAGAGGGCCGAGCAUCUGGACAGACAGAGGACCAAAAACAUCUCUGCCAUCAGCUAUAUCAACCAGAGAAAUCGGAGCUGGAACAUUGUGGAGUCUGAGAAAGCCCUAGUGGCUGAGGGACAGAAUGCCAAGAUGCAGAUGGACCCUUUCACUAGACGGCAGUGCAAACCCACCAUGGUGUCUAACGCCAGAGACCCUUCAGUCCAUGCAGCUAUCCUCCAACACCUCAAUGAGAAGUACGGAGAAGGGUCAGGCAAAGAGAUGGACUUGGAGUUUGAGAUGGGCAGGGGAGCGGGACAGGCUGCUCUGAAAGUCAUCGACCCUACUAAGAACACCAGCGAUCUAUCAGAGGACCUCUUUAAAGUUCAUGACUUUGACGUCAAGAUAGACCUACAGGUUCCCAAUGCAGAAGCCAAGUCUCUGUCAGUGAGCGCCAACACCCUGGCAGUGAAGGACGGUGCUCCACGUAGGUCUCUCAACCUGGAGGACUACAAGAAGAGGAGGGGCUUGAUCUAAAGAACUACAGGAAGUAGAUGAGGGGCUUGAUCUAAAGAACUACAGGAAGAAGAUGAGGGGCUUGAAACGAAUGAUCAAAUGGCCUAAAACCUCAGUCAGUCAACCUCCUGCAUGUUGGUUGGCCAUUCGCCCCAGGGCACCUGUGUGUGUGUGUGUGUGUGUGUGUGUGUGUGUGUGUGUGUGUGUGUGUGUGUGUGUGUGUGUGUGUGUGUGUGUGUGUGUGUGUGUGUGUGUGUGUGUGUGUGUGUGUGUGUGAGAGAGAGCUGUGUGUGUUUAAGGGAAGAGAGUGGGUGUGUCUGUGUGUGAGAGAGAGGUGUGUGUGUGUUUAAGGGAAGAGAGUGAGUGUGAGAGAGAUGUGACUGUAUGCUUGAGUGUGUUUGAGAGAGGCUGUCCACCUUAAAACAAUAGGAAAUAUUAAUUAAGACAAGACAGAUUUUUUUUCUCUCUAAGGUUCUCUCUUAGAAGACAGUUGUCCACCUUUUUUUUUUUCUCUCAUUAUUAUGUGGUAAAAAUCGUACUUGGAAUUGUGUUAUUUUUCUUUUGUAAUUUCUAAGUUUUUAUAAAUAAAUCUUAACGUUGGUUCUCCCUCAUACGGAUCUGAAGUUCACUCUUUUGGUGUCCAGUUCUUUUGCAAGGACAUAGUGGUUGUGGAUUCUUACCUUGACCAACACUGUCUUGUAAGAUAUAGAAUGACAUGAUUUGAGGUUAUUGGGACUGUCAACAUUUUAUUAGGGUACAAUCUUGAUUUUUUUCCCUGUCAUAAGACACAGACUGUAUUCUCUUCGUACAUGAUUUAGGUUUUCCCCUGACCUAAGAGUUGAGGGUUUCCCCUGACCUGUCCUCCUCCUCUCAGACAGCAGGGCUGGCUCGUUAUCUGCCUGGCUACUGGACAGCACUUUGUAAAGUCUACAAAAAAAAUAAAUUUGAUUUAAAAAUGAAUUUACAUGGAUCACAGAGAAUUGUUUAUUUUCUUUUUAAUAUCUUUAUUUUUUUUGGUACCCUUAUCUCUCUUUUCCAGAGCAGAUUCUAAGUGUUAUCGAUUGUGUCCUUAGUCAGUUCCUGUAUUGAUGUGGCAUGCCAUGUAAAUAAUACCAAUUUGCAGUGCGGCAGAAUAAAGAGGCACUGUUUCGUAA